UAGUAGAACUUAUUUCGUUGGUUGGUAUGUAUCAUGUGGUGAUUUUUUUGUAAUAGGAUUUGACAUUCCUCGAAGUGUUAGUUUCAUUCGUUUUGCAAUUUGUCAAGUUGAAAAGAUCUUCAGUUUGAAAUGGAUGUAAAAAAAUUGAAGGAGUUUAUGGAACUCAUAGGAGUUCUUAAACACGAGAAAAGAGCAGGCUGGAAACUCCACAAUGUGUCUAAUCCGGAGACAAUUGCCGGACACAUGUACCGAAUGGCCAUGCUGUCCUUUUUGAUUGAUUCCAACGAAAAUUUAGACAAAAACAAAAUCAUGCAAAUGACUCUGAUUCACGAUCUCGCCGAAUGUAUUGUGGGCGAUAUUACACCUCAUGAUAAUAUAACUCCAGAAGUUAAGCAUGAAAUGGAAGACAAGGCCAUGGAACAAAUUUGCCAGCUUCUGGGCGACAAGGGACCAGAGAUUCUCGAAAUGUUCAGAGAAUACGAACAGCAACAAUCUCCAGAGGCCAAAUACGUCAAAGACCUGGACAGGCUUGAUUUGCUGAUGCAGGCUUACGAGUACGAAAAACGAGACAAAACGCCAGGACAUCUGCAGGAAUUUUUCAAUGCCAUUAAUGGCAAAAUAAGGCAUCCUUUUUUAAAUAAAAUAGCCAACGAAAUCAAUGAAGAGCGCGAGGAACUUAUCCGAGUUUCCGACAAAAAGGACUGUUAAAAUUUCGAUCCUAUUAAAAAUAGGAACUCGUUUUAUUUUUAUUUUUUUUUUAUUUAGGUGCACCGGAUUGAUCGAUCAAGAUCUUAUUCCGUACUGAUUAUUUCUAAUUCAUGCAAUAUUAAGUA